AUGGCGAUGAAGGAGGAGUUCAGCGGCCUGUCUCCCUCGACAAGGGCCGAAAUCGAUAUCCUUAAGUCCCUCGGCCACCCCUCCAUUGUGCAAUUCAAGGAGGUCGCGCUGGAUGAGUACGACGGCGUUUAUGUGGUGAUGGAGUACUUGGACACUGAUCUAAGAAGAUACAUGUCUCUCAAGGGAGAAGAUUGCCUUGCAAUGAGCCAUGUGAAGAAGCUGAUGAAGCAGUUGAUCCAAGGUGUCACUUUCUUCAUCGGAACAAGGGUUGAGGAUGAGGACGAGGAGGAGGAGGAGUGCAAGGUGGGGACGCCGUGGUAUAGGGCGCCCGAGUUGCUUCUUGGGGAGAGGAGGGGUUCGUGCGCGGUGGAUAUGUGGGCCGUGGGGUGCAUAUUCGCGGAGAUGGUGCUGAACGAGGUGCUGUUUCGAGGGGGGUCGGAGGAGGAUCAGUUGCAUGAGAUGUAUUGCAUUCUUGGCCAUCCUAGUGCUAAGAAUGUUGAGAGUUCUAUUUGUGGUGCAAAUUUGAUGCUUUCGAGAGAUGGAUUUGAUCUGCUUAAAGGGUUGCUGUGUUAUGAUCCAGUGAAGAGGAUGACUGCAGAAAUGGCUCUCAAUCAUGUUUGGUUUGAAGAUGAAAUUACUUCUUGA